AUGAUAACGAGAAAGCCAAAAAUAAAAGUUAAACAAUGCCACUAUUGCUUAGAGUACCUUGAAGUUUUAAAUAAUAACUUCAAGUGUACAAAUUGUGAUCAAUUCAAUAAUUAUGACGAUAAAGGUCAACUUAUAGACAAUUACGCACCUUUAGUUAAUAAAGAAGCUUUAAAGUAUAAAGCUAAACCUUUAACAAUCACACAAGAUACGAUAAAUCCAUUCUGUAAUAGCUGUUCCACUAAUCAAACGCUUAUAUACUCUCUAUUGAGUAAUUAUGAUAACGAUAAUGAUGAUGAUUUAACUGGCUAUAAUAAUUAUAAGAACUCAAUUGAGUCUAGAUAUCCACCAAUUUGUUCAAAUUGUCAAAUUAUCGUCAAUCAAACGAUAAAUAAACGUAAUUAUAAAGCUAAAACUAAAGCACUUGGACAGUGGUUAGAAAAAUCAGCAUCUUUGAAUGAUGGUAGUAGUAAUACUAUCAGAAAUACUACAUUCAAUGGACCUUUAGGUAGAUACUCUAAAUUAGCUUGGUUUAUUAAGAGUAUUCUAUGGUUAACCAACAAUAUUUUAUACCUUUCACUUCAUUUUAGCACUUUCUAUUAUAGUAAGCGGUAUUCGUUUAAUAACUACACCUUAAUAGCUAUUCCAUUGUCAAUACUUUACUCAUUUUGGGAUCCAACUUGGUUAAAAGUGCAUAAAAUAAGGUCAAAGGGUCAAUCUUUGGUUCUUACGGGAAAAAGAUUUUGGAUUCAAUCACAAUUUAUCAUUUGGCUUGAACGAUCUUUGCUUUUAGGCUCAUUAGCUUUUCAAUCCUCCUUGGAGAAAUACUAUACAUCAAAUUUAGCUUUAUCUUUGUUAUUAUUAGAAAUCACGAUACAACUAAUUGCAUAUAGUCAUUUGAAUAUUUUGCUAUCUAAACAAAUCAAUUUAACAAAGUCAAAACAACCUACAAUAUCGAAAAAUGAUGAAACACAAGCAAAAUCAUAUACAAAUACUCCAGAUUUUACGGCUGAUAAUCUUUCUUCAGCAUUAUCCUUAUCGGUGGAUAGUAAAGUAAAGAAAUUACCUAUCUUUGGUGAAACAUCAUUACAACCUUCUGAAGAAGCGCAACGUCGGACAGCCAAUGCAAUUAACGAUACAGAUGAAAUGGAAUGGACACCAGAGCAAAAUCUGUCAAAUCCAAAGAGCCAUUCAACAUGGGCUGGUCUUAAACCUCAACUUUUCUUCGCACCACAAGAUAAUCAAAAAACAGGAUUAGAAGAACCACUAAGUUCUGUUAGCUUAAGUAUAAGUGACAGUAAUGUCUACAAAAGAGAGUCUAAUCAAGAUAAUAAGAAGAUGGUGAUAUGUCUGACAAUACUAAUAGUCUUACCUUUAGUAGCUUUAUUUAAGUAUCAAGAAAGUGUAAUUGAAGUCAUGAGAUUUAUGAAAAAUAGAUAA